GUGCAAAUAAAGGGAGAUAGCGGACCACAGACUCCUGCACAAACUUUUUAGCCUGACAGGCCAGAACUAUGACUUUUGCGUAAUCGUAAACCAGGGACAGGGAUCCCAGCAGGAUCCGAGGGGUGAAGAGAAGGAAAGUAAGACACUUCUGGGUGCGGCGAGAGAAAAGAAACACACAGAAAAGGACACUCAAGUGACAAACUAGAAUCCGAAGUUGUGAUUUACCUAAAAGUAAAGGUGGAGAAUCGAACAGCUAAUCCGUUCAAAGAUGAGCUUGAUGUCUGCCAUAGACACCAGUGCCUCUGUGUACCAGCCUGCACAGCUCUUAAACUGGGUUUACCUCUCUUUACAAGACACCCACCAGACCAGUGCUUUUGAUGCAUUCAGACCAGAGUCUAAUUCUUCCCAUCCGGAUCUGAACUAUACCAAGCCUCCCGCUGCCGACCUGAGCUCCUCUCUAAAUUCCAACUAUCUCAACAACUUCUUUCAGCUGCAAAGGAAUGAGGCCCUGAAUAACAGGCCAUAUAAAAGCACCUCCCCCUGCGGCUCUCUCAACAACAUCGUGGACGGCCUGAGCUCGCUGACCGACCACUUCUCCGACCUGUCCCUCUCCUCCGAGCCGCGGAAACCCAGCAAAAGGCCGCCGCCCAACUACCUGUGCCACCUGUGCUUCAACAAGGGACACUACAUCAAAGACUGCCCGCAGGCCCGGCCGAAGGGGGAAGGCCUGACCCCGUACCAGGGCAAGAAGAGGUGCUUCGGAGAGUACAAAUGCCCCAAGUGCAAGAGGAAGUGGAUGAGCGGGAACUCCUGGGCCAACAUGGGACAGGAGUGCAUCAAGUGCCACAUCAACGUUUACCCACACAAGCAGAGGCCCCUGGAGAAGCCGGACGGGCUGGACGUGUCGGACCAGAGCAAGGAGCACCCGCAGCACCUGUGUGAGAAGUGCAAGGUGCUGGGGUACUACUGCCGCCGCGUGCAGUAACCCCCCCCCCCCGAAACGACCACCACGCCGCGGGGUUCCCCGGUUC